GGGUCCCUGUAGGUGGGGAGCUGCAAGCGGCGGUGCUGGCUUGGCGUGUCCACCGUGCGUCCGCUGUGCGCCUUCAUUUUCCAAGCGGGGGGCGUUAACUUCCCUGGGUCGAGCCGGAGCGUUGCGCUUGCAGCAGUGACUAGAAGUUUUGGAUUUACGAUUCUAUUUUGUCGUUCCGUUGGUGGAAGAUGUUGGUAUUUUUCUGUGCCUCUAAAGGAGUAUUGUUGCAAGAAACUUGAAUGACUUGGUUCAUCUGAAAUGCUAUCUGUUCCCUCCACUCAGGUGCUCCUAGGUCUGUUUUCCAUGACAGAUCUUGACGACAAUACGUGCAAAAAGUAUAUAAAGAUGAUUACCAAUAUAGUAAUAUUGAGCCUGAUCAUUUGCAUUUCCCUAGCGUUCUGGAUUAUGUCAAUGACUGCUAGUACCUAUUAUGGUAACUUGCGGCCUGUUUCUCCAUGGCGCUGGCUGUUCUCCGUUGUCAUUCCUGUUGUGAUCGCCUGUAAUGGCUUUAAAAAGAAAAGUCUAGAUCACAGUGGAGCUUUAGGAGGGCUGGUGGUCGGAUUCAUCUUAACCAUUGCAAAUUUCAGCUUUUUUACCUCUUUGCUGAUGUUUUUCCUCUCAUCUUCAAAACUCACGAAAUGGAGAGGAGCAGUGAAGAAGCGUCUGGACUCGGAGUAUAAGGAAGGAGGACAAAGGAAUUGGGUCCAGGUGUUCUGUAAUGGAGCGGUGCCCACAGAGCUGGCCCUGCUCUACAUGAUCGAGAACGGCCCCGGGGAAAUACCUAUAGAUUUCUCCAAGCAGCAUACUGCUUCCUGGAUGUGUUUGUCUCUCCUGGCUGCACUGGCCUGCUCUGCUGGAGACACCUGGGCUUCAGAAGUUGGCCCAGUUGUGAGCAAAAGCUCACCUCGACUAAUAACAACCUGGGAGAAAGUUCCAGUCGGAACCAACGGAGGAGUCACAGCUGUGGGACUUGCCUCCAGUCUCCUCGGCGGAACCUUCGUGGGCCUGGCAUACUUCCUCACACAGUUGGUGUUUGUGAACGACCUGGACAUUUCUGCUCCGCAGUGGCCCAUCAUAGCAUUUGGAGGUCUGGCUGGGUUAUUCGGAUCAAUCGUGGACUCGUUGUUAGGAGCGACAAUGCAGUUCUCUGGUCUGGAUGAGAGCACUGGCCUGGUGGUCAGUAGCCCAACCCAGGAGACCAAGCACAUCGCAGGGAAGCCCAUUCUGGACAACAACGCCGUGAAUCUGUUCUCCUCGGUUUUGGUGGCCCUCCUUCUCCCAACAGCUGCUUCUGGGUUUUGGCCCAGAGAGUGAACUUUCUUUCCUUCCCAACCAGUUGUUACUGGUGAGACCAGCCAAACUUGCAAUGUGAAGUUUUUUUUUGUUUUGUUUUGUUUUUGUUUUUGUUUUUGUUUUUUUCAGUGAAUAAUAAAUUCAGGGACCUUGGGAAUGCCGGUUCCUCCCAUGUUCCGCUGUGGCAUCGAACCAUGGGCUCCUUUCAACUUCCUUAGCAGCUGACAUCUUUCUGGUGGAAGGGGAAAGUGCAUACAUGUUGUCCACAUCCAUCCUCUGUGGGUAACAAUUCAGGAACAACAGAGUUGCUCUUGCCCCCUGUGGCCAAACUGAAGCAUCAAAUGUUCUCUGUAAAAUGUUACUGUUCAGCUUCUAAAAGCAGUGUGUUGACAAUUUAAAAUGAUCCCCACUUGUACAGAUACCUAACCACUAUGACAGUUGCCCCAAAGUUAAACCUGCUUUAAAUGACUUAACCCAUACACAUGGAAGCCCAAAGAAGUAACUAUCCAGGACGUCUCUCAUUAUCUACCUAGUCACAACUGUGAAAAAAUGCAGGCAUUGCUUCUCCAUGCUUUUCAUUGUUUCUCCCAGUUAAUAAUGUCAUUGUUUGGGUACAUUUAUAUUUUUUACCACAUUAGAAAGUAUGGAAAAAAAAUUGUUUUUACCAAAAGAAAUCAUAUAAAUUUGCACCUUUAAGAUGAAGGCAUAGCUCGGUGAUAGCACUUACCUCGGGUAUACCGUACCCUGGUUUACAUGCCCAGCACUGAAAGAAAAUCGCCUUACGCAUUUAUAUCUCUGAAAUACACGUAAGAAUCUGGAUCUCGUACCGCCAUGUGAAAGUUAAUGAGUCACUGGAAAAAUAGUAUAAUUUUUUUUUUUAAUUUACUUUCGUCAACCAUUGACCCUAAUUUUGUUAGUGCCUGGAAGUGCUGUGGUUUCCCACCCUGAGCCUCCUCCAUCCUGAUAGCUUUCCUUUUAGCCUCAGCCUAAGUGAAUUUCACUUGUGACUGCUCUUCACUGUCUUACCGUGCACAAAAGGUUUUGAAGGAGUGGGUUAUUUUAUUAAUCCUAAAAUGUC